AUGAGGGACCAUCCUUUGGUACCCAAUGUGUUUCGUGUGGCCUCCACACAUAGCAUCAAUAGCGAAAAUCCCUAUAGCAGUGCUUACAAGUCUGCUAAAAAUGCCAGCAACUGCAACACGCAACAGCAACCACCAAUUGCUGUGCAUCAGCUGACCACCAGUGCUUCCAUUGAGCACAGUCAUCCUUCGCAGCAGCUACAGCUGCAACACCAACACCAACAGCAGCAACACUCGCCGUAUGCAACAUUGCCUCGUGGCCAGCGCUUCGCUCCAGAGCAAAAGCAGCAAACUGGCGUGAUCAAUACCAUCUCUGGCAGUAUUCCGGCCACUGGAUUUGGCACAAUGUCUGGCAGUUUUAGUGAACUGCAUCUAAAUAAUAUCAGCAAUAUUGGCAAUCAUAUCAGCAACAAUAACAGGAGCAACAGCAACCACCGAAGACAGCAGCAGCAGCAACAGCAGCAGCGACAGCAACACCAGCAGCAACAGCAUCAGCAGUCGAUUCAGCAUCAACAACAUCAGCAGCAGCAGCAGCAACAUCAACAGCGACAGCAGCAACAACAUCGUCUAGGCACGGGUGUAGGUGGCGUUACCGAUCCGCAAGGUAGAAUCACAAGCAUGGGCAGCGUUAGCGGAAGUUACCUGUGGCUUCUCACACCUGUUGCAGCCAGCAUUUCGGUGGCCAUUGUCAUAGCCGCCCUUGCAGGACCUCAAUGGCUUUUCACGGAGGAAAAGUUGCCCAAUUAUAAGUACAAUGGAACUGCCAAUAUAAAUGCUAUGGAUGAUGGUGCCUAUGUCACCAAGUAUACAAAGUCCAGCCUGUGGAUACUGUGCAACACGCAGCCAGGACUCGAUGUUGAUUCUUAUAACUGCGUUAAGAUUGAUUAUUUCCCCAAGGAAGGCUAUCAACCGGAUCCGCAUGACUCAACUGCGGCAAUACCCUAUACUGUGACAAAGUCGUGUCCCAUUUUUCUGGCCGCUGGUGUAUUUCUGAUGAUCAGCUUUAUAGUCUUUUUGAUACCCACUUGCUCGCAUCGAAAUAAUCUUUAUUACUUUAGUGCUGGCAUUCUGUUUAUUGUGAGCGGUCUGGUAAUGCUGAUUGGACUGAUUGCCUAUAUAUCAAUAUUGAAGGCAGAGAUUGGUUCGAAAUUGAGACCCCGUUCACCCCUUCAACCGGCCCUUGUUAAGGUCACAUAUGGCCAGAGCUUUUUUCUCUUUGUCUUUGGAUUUAUUGUCACCGAAUUUGUGGGUGUAUUGAAUAUAUUUCUGUUUAUAAACCUUCAGGAAGUGAGCUACUACAGUAGACUUCCCUGCUUUAGUGUAGCCAAUAUGCAGGCCAAGUUCAAGGAGGACCAGCAGCCUGUAAUGAGUCACUCCUAUAAGAGGUACAAGCAGCCUGGCAAUGCCGGCAGCCAGGAAGGACUCAGUGUGUCAAAUCGGAAUACCAGGGACAUCCUUCAGCCAUCAAGGAAUCAUCACCAGGAGACGGCAAUGCAGCCACAGUCACAGUCUGGAAUCCUAAGGAGCAGCACUGUGAAUGCUCGACCGCAUCAGGUGCAUGAUGCACGACGUGGUUUACCAGGAGGACAUCUGGGACAGCAGAUGGGUUAUCCUGGUCAGGCGCAGACUCUCCCAGGAGCCUGUCGCAAACAUCCAAAUGGGGGAUCGAAUUUGAACCUCAACAAUGAUCUAGCAAGGCGUUUUUAUUUUGAGAAGCCGGCAGUGUCCAAGUGCAAUCUGCACUCUCGCAGCUUUGCCAAAUCGCUGAAUGAACUUUGCACUGAGACAUCGGUAUCCAUGGCGGCAUCUUCUCCUGCUCCUUUGCCGGAGCCUUUGCCUGCCCCAGCUCUCUUUGCUGAUUUGCCACAGGAAUUUCCUUUGACCCGUUCGGUGUCCACUGCCACGGAUAUUUAUACGGCACCAUCAGCACCUGUAGCACCAUCCUCCUCCACUUCGGCACAGAUGAAGGGUAAACAGCAGCGGAAUAUGGCCACCAAUACAAGAUCGAGAUCGGGUCCAGGUCCAGAUGAUGCCCAAUCGCGUUUGUGUGGCCUGAAGAGGGGUUUGCGAAAGACCAAGGACGAAUUGUUUCAGGAGUUUUGUCGCAGGGCUGGAAUGCGUAGCAAACCCAAGAAUAUAUACUACAUCAGUGGCGGGGAUGAGGGUGAGGAUGGUGGCCAAGGUGAGGAGGUGGCUAAACGGGAGGAUACCCUGGCCAGUCCAAAAUCAAAUUUAAAUCCAAAUGGAGACAAUGAUGAUGAUAAUGACGAUGAUGCCGAUGGCGAUGAUCAUGGUUUCAGGCAGUUCCGCUUGGAGGAGGAUCAUCUCUAUGUUGUGGGGGAUCAUGCCCAAUUGGUGAUGCCGCGUCGUUCCUCAAUGUGCGUGGAUUCCAUGGGACAAACUUUGCGCCGCUUAAACUCAAAUCUUUCGCUGCACACAGAUCCCAGCUAUCCGGGUGUGGGUUAUCCCAAUAUGCGAAUGUCCCUCCCACCGGCCAGUGAUCUUGGCCAGAGUCGUACCCUGCCGCGUUGCUUCCUCCGUCAGUCCUCGGAUUCCCUGCAAAGUGGUUUUGGUCUGGGCUCCAGUCAGCAGCGAUUCUCUCAAUUGAUGUUGAAUUCCCAGCAGUUGCAGAAGCAAUCACAGCAACAGAAUUGUUACCUCUCCACCUUGGCCCUGCCACAGGUAACCCAGGCUCCUCAGCCUCCCAAGUCGCAGGUGCAAUGGCCAGCGGCAAUACCUUCAUCGCCAUCAAAUUACUCGAAUGGCUAUCAGCAGCAUCCGCAACCGAUAUACCCAACUUCCGGUGGAGUGAUGGGAACAGGAAAUACGACUGCGGCGAAAUUUCAACGUGGCUAUGCCUUUGAUGAUCCCCAAAGGAGAUCGAGUUUUGUGAGUGAAGCCUUCGAUCUGGAUGAGAUCGAAAGGGAGAGGCGGCGAUCGCAUGCAAGUCUCUUUGGAAUCAAUCAAAUAGAUCCCUAUGAUCUCAUCAAUGGCACAGCCGUCUAAACAAUUAGUUAUCCUAGCCUAUCCUAAGAAAAAACUAAAACUGAAGAGUAUAAUAUCAAAAGGAAUGUAAAGGGUAAGAUGCAUAACAUCCAUGGAUAUGUAUGAAUUUCCAGUUUUCUAUUAGCAAACGAAAUUUACUUACAUUUAAAUCUCUUUUAUAAAUUUUAAAAUAUAAUAAUAGAUUGAUAAUAAGUGUAGAUAGAAGAUAACUCUAUUCGAUCGCUGUUUUAACAAACUCUUAAUUUACUUGGCUUUAUGCAUCUUAUUAUUUAUAUUGCCUUUGAUUAAGAGCUCACUGACCCUUGUUUGUUUU